CUCUCUCCAGUCGUGCGCGGAGAAGCUGUUAGGAUCUUGGCGCGUACGGUCGUGUUCUUGGAUUCGUUCAAUUUGUACGUGAUUAUCUAUUUGAGGCGACACUUUAAGGUUAAUUGUAAUUGUCAGGCUAAGCAUGAGGAGUGUCGCGACGAUAACGCUGCUCGCAGCGUUCGUAGCGGGAUUGGGAGCUUCAACUCUGGGUCGAUCGAAGCAGAGCUACACCAGUUAUCGAUUGCCACAGGCGUUUCGACCUGAACAUUAUGAUCUUCGCGUUAACACGCAUCUCGGUGACGAACGUGGUUUUCUGUUCCACGGACACGUGGUGAUUCGGAUGCUUUGUGAUUCGGAUGCGACAAACAUUACAUUACAUUCCAAGAACCUCACCCUUCUCGAGGACAAAAUUGUACUGAGAGAGCUUGCCUUCGACGAUCAGUCCAAGACAUCACGUAGUAUUGACAUCAAAAGCGUGGAGUAUCUUACCGACAACGACUAUGCGGUGUUCCAUGCAAGCACGCCGAUGAAGAAAAGCUAUCGAUACGAGCUGACGAUUCCGUUCGAGGCACCGCUCGGAACCGGUUUGCUGGGCUACUACCGUAGCAGCUACAUGGACAAAGCGAGCAAACAAAAGAUCUGGAUGUCGGUGACACAGUUUGAACCGACCAGUGCCCGCCAGGCAUUCCCGUGCUUCGACGAGCCCGAAAUGAAGGCCACCUUCGACAUUGCGCUGGCUCACCACGAGCGGUACGUGGCCCUGAGCAACAUGCCAAUGAACCGUAGCGAAAAGCUCACCGACAUGCCUGGUUGGGUGCUGGACGUUUUCGACCGAACGGUGCCCAUGUCGACGUACCUGGUCGCAUACUCGGUGAACGAUUUCGAGUACCGCGAGGCAAUGACGAAGGAGCCGGGCGACGUGCUGUUCAAGAUUUGGGCUCGCCGGGACGCAAUCGAUCAGGUGGACUAUGCACGCGCCAUUGGGCCGCGCGUGACUCGCUUCUACGAGGAGUACUUCAACCAGAAGUUCCCGCUGCCCAAGAUUGACAUGAUCGCCGUGCCGGACUUUGCGUCUGGUGCGAUGGAAAACUGGGGUCUCAUCACCUACCGCGAGACGGCCUUGCUGUACCACCCGAACGUGUCGACGGCGAGCAGCAAGCAUCGCGUGGCGUCGGUCAUUGCGCACGAGCUGGCGCACCAGUGGUUCGGAAAUCUUGUCACAAUGCGCUGGUGGACCGAUCUGUGGUUGAACGAAGGUUUCGCGACGUACGUCGCCAGCUUGGGCGUGGAACAUCUGCACCCGGAGUGGAAUUCGCUCGAGGAGGAGUCGGUUUCGAACUCGCUGGACAUCCUGAAGUUCGAUGCGCUCCUCUCUAGUCACCCGGUGUCGGUAGAGAUCGGCCACCCGAAUCAGAUCUCGCAGAUUUUCGAUGCCAUUUCCUAUGAGAAGGGCUCGACGCUUAUCCGCAUGAUGCACCUGUUUUUGGGGGAAGAAACGUUCCGCAAUGGCGUCAGCCGCUAUCUGGAGAAGCACGCGUAUGGAAACGCCGAGCAGGACGACCUGUGGGCAGCCCUGACGGAGGAAGCUCACGCUAACGGGGUGCUCCCGGAUGAGAUCAACGUCAAAACGGUGAUGGACUCGUGGACACUACAGACGGGCUAUCCGGUGAUCACGGUUACACGCAACUACGAUGAUAAUUCAGCCACCGUUACACAGGUUCGGUUCGUAUCGUCGGAGCUACCGGCCGACCGCAACGUGACCGAUUACUGCUGGUGGAUUCCCCUGACCUACGCGUCCGCCAUUCGGGCGGACUUUAACGACACCGUCCCGAAAGCAUGGAUGAAUUGCGAAGGUAUCCAGGGUCGCAAGGGCAAUGUAAAGACGGUCGAAGAUCUGCCCGACCGGGAGCACUGGGUGGUGUUUAACGUGCAGAUGGCCGCACUGUACAAAGUCAAGUAUGAUCUGGCCAACUAUCGCCUGAUCGUGGCGCAGUUGAACGGACCGAAGUACGACGCGAUUGCUAUCCUAAACCGAGCACAACUCAUUGAUGACGCGAUGGACCUUGCCUGGACGGGUCAACAGCAGUACGGUAUUGCGUUUGCCAUGAUGAACUACUUGCGCCAGGAGGACGAGUACAUCCCGUGGAAGUCGGCAUUGACAAACCUGAACGCUAUCAAUCGUAUUCUCCGGCGGACUCCCAUCUACGCCGUGUUCCGAAGCUACAUUCAGUACAUCGUGGAACCGAUCUACGAGCGGUUGGAUAUUUUCAAUGCAACGCUGAUUCCGAACGAUCGACUCGAUACGGUGAAGAAGCUCGCCCUGAUCGCGUCCUGGGCCUGCCGGUUCGAUGUGGGCGAUUGUGUCGACCGAUCGGUUCAACUGUUUAGUCAGUGGAUGAAGGUGACGGACCCGGAAACGAGCAACCCGGUGCCUCUGAACUUGCGCCCGGUCGUGUACUGUAACGCGAUUCGUAACGGCAAUGAGGUGCAGUGGAACUUCCUCUGGCAGCGCUACCUGCGCAGCAACGUUGGCUCGGAGAAGAUCAUGAUCAUUGGGGCGUUGUCGUGUACGCGCGAAGCGUGGCUCGUGGAGCGAUUCCUCGACUGGUCGCUCAAUGGUACGUCCGGUGUGCGUAAGCAGGACACCACUAUCCUGUUCGCUAGCGUUUCCCGCAGUGAGGUCGGAUUCCAUCUGGCGAAAAACUUUUUCCUCGAGCGCGUCAUCGACAUCUUUGACUACUUGAGCCCGGACACGUCCCGGUUGUCCCGAUACAUUAAACCCUUGGCGGAGCAGAUGUCUUCGCUCAAGGAACUGGAGGAGGUUCGUGAUCUGAUCCAGCGAAAUGCGACCAUUUUCGAGAAGGCUACGCAGGGUGUCAAGCAAGCGCUGGAAACGAUCGAAAUUAACAAGCAGUGGAAGCAAAUAAACUACGACCAAAUGAUGCGCUUCCUGCCGAUGUCCACAGCACGCUCCGCGUCGGAUGAUAUUUUGAACUUGAUCGAUAAUAGUCCGUAGUCCUAUGAUCAUUGGAUGAUUCGCGAUGCCAUCUGGUAUUAGAUUGGGGUACUUAAAGUUAGCAUUUCGCUUGAUCGAAACCGGAAACCACAAUCCAAACAUGGACAAAAACCAGUGCUGGAGACGUUUAGAAAAAUGGAACAAAUAUUCAAUUACUCUCAUUUUUAUAACUUAUACUCCGCAUUUAAAAUUAUUCUGGACGUCAUCCAAUUAGGCCGGAGAUUAAAUGAAAAUUGUUGAAACUUUAUGAACUUUAUAAGUUUUGAAACAUGAAACAAAACAAAUGAAAUAUAAAUCUGUUCUUUUAGUACUACAUCUUUUUUAUAAAUGUGCGAGGCAACGAAAACUUCUGUAGUUGAAUUUUUCAUUAAAUAAAUAAAUUUUAGUA